AAGUUUGAGGAGGAUGUGGAAGAUGGUGGCGAGCGCUGGAGCAAGCCCUACGUGGCCACGUUGUCCUUGCACAGCCUCUUCGAGCUGCGGAGCUGCAUCAUCAACGGCACGAUGCUGCUGGACAUUUGUGCCAACAGCGUGGAAGAGAUCGCAGAUAUGAUCCUGGGCCAGCAAGAACAGUCCGUGGAGUUCGACGAGCGCAUGCAGGCAAAAGUUCGAGAUGUCCUUUUGAAGAAGCAUCACCAUCAGAACGAGAAGAAAAGGAACAACCUUCUCCCCAUUGUCCGCUCGUUUGCUGAUGUGAGCAAGAAGCAGGCAGACCUGCACCUCCUGGACAAGCCAGCUCAAACACUCACCCCUCAUCCUUCUCCCACCACGACUGAACCUAAAAAUGGGGUGAACCAUGAGACCAGUGCAAUGGAUUUAAGCAAGGCGGAGCUGCACUUCAUGAAGAAAAUUCCCACCGGGGCUGAGGCGUCCAAUGUGCUGGUAGGAGAGUUGGAUUUCCUUCACCAGCCCCUCGUGGCGUUUGUCCGUUUGACCCCAGCUGUCCUCCUCUCAGGCAUGACGGAAGUUCCCAUCCCAACAAGGUUCCUGUUUGUUCUGCUUGGACCAGAAGGAAAAGCCCAUCAGUACCAUGAGAUCGGCAGGUCCAUGGCUACUCUCAUGACGGACGAGGUUUUCCAUGACGUUGCCUAUAAAGCCAAGAACAGGGCUGACCUCGUGGCUGGCAUUGAUGAGUUCCUGGAUCAGGUCACGGUUUUGCCACCAGGAGAGUGGGAUCCCUCGAUCCGAAUCGAGCCCCCGAAGAACAUCCCUUUGCAGGAAAAAAGGAAGAUGCCAGGAGCUCCUGAUGACAAUGCUUCUCACAGCAAACCAGAGAAACACAGCGGUCCCGAGCUGGAGCGGACGGGAAGGCUCUUUGGAGGUUUGAUCCGGGAUGUAAAACGAAAAGCCCCGUGGUUCUGGAGUGACUUUCGAGAUGGUCUGAGGCUGCAGUGUCUGGCAUCCUUCCUCUUCCUCUACUGUGCCUGCAUGUCCCCUGUCAUCACCUUUGGGGGACUGCUGGGGGAGGCGACCGAUGGCCACAUAAGUGCCAUGGAGUCACUGCUGGGCGCAUCCAUGACCGGCGUGGUGUAUUCCCUCUUUGCUGGCCAACCUCUCACCAUCCUUGGCAGCACUGGACCCGUCCUGGUGUUUGAGAAGAUCCUCUACAAAUUCUGCAAGGAGUACACGCUCUCCUAUCUCUCUCUGCGGACGUGCAUCGGGCUGUGGACCGCCUUCUUCUGCAUAGUGCUGGUGGCCACCGACGCCAGUUGCUUGGUGUGCUACAUCACCCGCUUCACGGAAGAAGCCUUCGCCUCCCUCAUCUGCAUCAUCUUCAUCUAUGAGGCUCUAGAGAAGCUGAGUCACCUGCGAGAGACCUACCCUGUGCACAUGCACAGCAAGCUCGACUUCCUCACCAUCUACUACUGUAAGUGUGAGGCACCCACCCAUCCCACCAAUGAAACCCUACGUUUCUGGGAGAGCAAGAAGAUCAACGUGUCUGCCAUCACCUGGGAAAACCUCACAGUGACUGAAUGUCGGUAUUUGCAUGGAGAGUUUCAAGGACCUGCCUGUGGACGCAAUGGCCCCUACGCACCUAAUGUCCUCUUCUGGUGCUGCAUCCUCUUCUUCUCCACCUUUGUCCUGUCGAGUUUAUUGAAGAAGUUUAAAACCAGCCGUUACUUCCCAACCAGAGUCCGGUCCACAGUGAGUGACUUUGCUGUUUUCCUCACCAUCGUCAUCAUGGUGCUCAUUGACUUCCUAAUUGGGAUCCCAUCACCGAAGCUCCACGUCCCUCAUAUGUUCAAGCCUACCAGAGACGACCGUGGGUGGUUCAUCAACCCCAUAGGACCCAACCCUUGGUGGACUGUGGUGGCUGCGCUCAUCCCAGCUCUGCUCUGCACCAUCUUGAUAUUCAUGGACCAGCAGAUCACCGCCGUUAUUGUGAACAGGAAGGAGCACAGGCUGAAGAAAGGAUGCGGGUACCACCUGGACCUUUUCAUGGUGGCCGUGAUGCUCGGCGUGUGCUCCGUGAUGGGGCUGCCCUGGUUUGUGGCUGCAACCGUCCUCUCCAUCACCCAUGUGAAUAGCCUCAAAGUUGAGUCUGAGUGCUCAGCUCCAGGAGAACAACCCAAGUUUCUAGGGAUACGAGAGCAGAGAGUCACUGGCUUGAUGAUCUUUGUGCUCAUGGGCUGCUCUGUCUUCUUCACUUCUGUGUUAAAG